AUGGCAGAUUCUCUCAGACUGGCCCGCCCGGCAAACAAGAAAGGGGAUCGACCUGAUGAAUUCCUGAGUCUUUCAAAGGCUACCAACCCUCUAGAGGUUCCACAGGCCGUAUUCCGAGGCAAAUCACCCGAAGAAGCAUUAGAGUCCCUCAAAAACCAGCCCAGUUAUGAUACACUACUUGCAAUUCUAGAAUACCUGCAAAAAGGAGUCAGAGAGAAACACGACUUUGAUAUACGGAAACCCGGUCCGCUCAGUGCGCAAAUCAUCCAUAUCCUCGUCACCGAGGUAAUUCCAAAUUACUGGACGGUUCUGCGAGAGGCUUCCGACAAAGGCGGAAGUGAUCUCAUACUUGCCUGCCUACGAAGUCUGCCAGGAAUCAAUGCUACACUUACGUACAUACGAUCCCUUAUACAGUCAGCCAAGACUCGAGCCAAGGACUCAAGCACAUCUCAUAUAAUAUUCAACUUGAUUUACACAUCAAGCCUACUGGCCGCGCUUCUUGACAAUGAUAAUGAGGUGAUGCGUGUAUGGGAUCAUAUCGCCGCUACUAACGAUCUAAUACGCUGCCGGACUUUGCGACAUGAGUUCUUGUCGCUUUUUACUAAUGGGAGGAUUGUAUCCUUAUCCGCGGAAGCUGCGGAUAUUUGUCGACAGGCUGGUCAACCUAUUGAAGCCCUGUGGACCGCUGACAGCAAGCAAUACAUACGCUGGCUCGCUCAUACUCAAGCCCGAUGGGUUAAAUCUCAGCCCAAGGAAGAAGACCUCAAAGUUUGCGCUGAGCUUGGUGCACGAACGUUGAGGCUAGGGCAUUCCGAAAUACUCGUGCAAACACUUUUGACCGAGUUACUUCUUCGAGAUGAGGCUGGCAAAGAGAUGUUCAGUACGCUGGUCAAUAACUACCCCUUGACUGAGCAGCGAAAAGUCUUGCUCUUAGUCUUGAAGCUGCUGUCAGACUUCUAUCUCAACUCUAUCAACAACACUGAUGCCAACGAGGAAUAUCCAACAAUUUGGGCCUCUGUGGGUGUUCUCGAAUCCAUUAUUGCUAAUAAUGAUGCUCAGAGGGAUAAUCUUGUGACUUGGCUCACAAGUGCAACUGGAGCAGGGGUUGGGGAAGGAUGUGGCAUUAGACGGGCCGCUGUUGCUGCUCUUGCUGUACACAGGGAAUCCAUCUCAACAGUGUUGGAGAGGAGCCUCAGCCAGUUCAGUGACCAGCUAUAUAUCAAGCACGCUCCAAUACUACAACAAGAAGGCAUGUUAUAUCAAAGAUUUGAUCUACCACACCACCUGAGGGCUAACCAAGGUACAGCGCAUGCCCAAGUUCUCCUGCUGAGUGCUGGAUACGUUCAUCGAUUAGCUCCCAUGAAGCUCACUAUCCUUUUACGAUCUAGUUUAUACCUUAAUGCUAUAUCUAAUAGACUUGCCGUAUCGCAAAAUCGGGCACGUUUUCUCGGAAUGGCUGUCGGUGAAGCGCUUUCUGGACUAAUACAUGCGAAAGACACCAAGCUCGAUUUUAAAAUGGAGGAGAUGGCUACAGAUGAGGCAGAUUGGUAUAAGUCUUUGGUUCAUGUGUCUGACAAAGCUGGUCCUUUGGACCCGUUGAGGACCUCCAUGUUUUCAUCACAACCAAAUAACCCUAAACAACCAGCUAAGCUAGCGAAGGAGCAAAGAGCACCACCCUCUAAAAAGAACAUGACGAAAACAGGCUUCAUUAUCGAAGAAGUAGAAGAUGACGAGAAACAGGAAGAUCCAGACCUGAUGCCUUACGCGAAACCUGACUCGGAUGCGGAAGAUUCGGAUGAUGACCCAACACUAAUAAACCGAGACAAACCCAAAGCACCUGUCUAUAUCAGAGACUUGAUCAAUUAUCUUCGAGAUAUAGAAAGCUACGACAAACAAAAACUGGCUUUAACAACAGCACCUACUCUAAUACGACGGAAGGCGAAUUAUGGAACAGAAGUCAUAUCCCAUGCAGAAGAAUUAGCAUCACUUCUCGUUGGCCUACAAGAUAAGUUCGAACUAGAAAACUUCUAUAACCUCCGCCUUCAAGGCAUGGUUGCUGUUAUUGUGGCGCAACCAGAGAAGAUGGCCCCUUGGUUCGCAAAGACGUUCUUUGAUGGGGAUUAUUCUCUCUCACAGCGGGCUUCUAUCCUCAUUGUCCUGGGGCUGAGUGGGAGAGAGAUAGCGGGAUUUGACGCUUCGGAGUAUACGCUGGCUGCACAAUUUCCAUCCAAGGCUCUACCAAGCAAGAUUGAGAAGCAUUACCUGCAGCCAUCAUCUACAUCUAAUACAGCUCAAACAGGCGCUAACCUCAAAGCACUACCUCCCAACGCCCUCGACACCCUCGCACAGUCAUUAUCCCAGACAUUCCUCGCCCCCAUGGCAGCUGAAGCAGCAGAUGCUGCGACCGGACCCGACGCCCUCAAGCUCUCUUCAUUCACGUCACGUCUCAAUAAUUCCAAUGCCAAUCCUCUGAUAUCCUCUAAGUCCAAGUCUCGUGGGAUCCGCUCAAUACCAAACAAAACGGCAUCCGUGAUCUCCACUUCGUUCUUCUUCCCCCUUUCGUCUCGGUUUCAAGCCGCAAUGCGGAGCCCCGCAGCCAGCAAGAUCAUAUUCCAGCCCUACCUUCUCGCGCUCUACCUCAAGACUCUGGGGCUGCUCGUCCACGCUGCGGGGCCAUCUACUCUUGCGCUCCCUCAGAUGACAGCCGAAUUAUGGGACUUGUUGCUCGGGGUGCGGGGGCAAUGUCUAGGCUCGAACACCACGGAUAGUGAGAGCUGGGGCGACAUGGCCGUGACGCAUGCCGUGCUCAUGGCCCUAGCAGCCUUGCUUGACGUCAAUGAACGGGAUGUACGCGGGUUAUGCGAGCGUCAGGGCCGUCAAGUUGUCGAGAGCAUGGAGUGGGUUGGCAAUCUAUUCCACAACACGCGGGGAGGCGAGGGCGCGGGCGAAGAGAACGAUGUGAAGAUGCUUGCUGCUGGUAUCUUGAUUCGUUUGCGUGAGGCUGUAGACAAAUACCAAGCUGUUCUGAUGGGAGAUCUCGUUGGGUUUACCUAG